GUGACUGAAGUGAAGAUGGUCUUAGCUGUUUCUUUCCUUCUCUUCCUCUCUAUAGCUAAGGGAAAGUUUGAAAGCAACUCUUCCAGCCAGCACGAUAUAUAUCCCUGCAGUGUCAUAGAUGGUAGUGUCGUUAAAUAUGAUACAGAUGUAUGGACCGUGGUCAAUAACUACUCCAACUGCUCUGGUGAAGUAAUUGAUGAAUAUCCAGUUCUAAGGGUGACCACAGAGACUAAAGGGAUCAGUGACAAGAGACAACCACUUGUAUUCGUAACCAGAUCCGAUGAGAAUGUACAGACUUGGAAACUGUUCGCAAACUCCACGUCCUCAAGGACAAUAUGUAGUACGGUUUUUCGUGAUGAAAACACUAUAGAGGAGGAUGUUACCAUGUAUAUUGAUGUAUUUACCAGUAAUACAGAGGAUGUUCCUUAUAACAUAACUGUAAAACCUGUGGUUGGAUUUCAACUGAAAUUGGGUGAAGAUAAAAACAUUACAGUUACAGAGGAUGAUCCUCAAUUAUAUUAUUUCAAGUUUCCUCAGAGAAACAACUCAGAUGGACAUGUACGUAUAGUUCAAGUGACAGCAUCCUCUGACAAUGAGAAUGCCUGUGUCAUUGUCUCUGUUCAAAAUGCAACAUGUCCUGUGAAUGAUGUGCUUGUGAGCGCUGGCUCUAAGGGAGUCUAUCAGACAAUGACUACAUCAGCCUCUUUGAAUAUUGUCGCUAAUAAGACCAUAGAGUAUGACAAUUUCUUCAUCGUCCUAAAAAAAGCUGAUCCUUCUUUGUGCUUUACCGAUCCAAGUCAGACCCAGCUGUCAACUGAUUCUGUUAAUAUAACUUUAAAGAUUGUUCAAUCAUAUUUUGCUUAUCAUUAUGGGAUAGCUCUUGCUCUUCCUCCCAUUGUCUUAUUUGUUAUUGGAUUAUGUGCCAUUGGCACUUUCUGGGUCCCUUGCUUUCACACGCCUUUUCAUUUGAAUAUGUGUUUUUGCUCAAAGUCAAGAAGGAAAUCUGCUUCUCUUCUUAGUAGUAGUGCCACUAAUUCAAUCAGUGGUAGUUCAGGUGAUACUAGUGAUAAUGGAGCAGCUGGAACUAGCAAGCCGCUAAUAGAGACUGCUUCUAGUUGCUCAUCGUCACUUGAUGACAGUGUCAAUCUCGAUAAGUUAAGAAUAGAGAAUAGUAUGAGAAGCGAGGAAAGCGAUAAAGACUUGUUUUUCAAGAGUGGCAUGCACAGCAAGUUACUUGAUAAGGAGAAUGCUCUCAUGCUGCCUGACAUGUUACAGCUACCAAUAUCAUAUUUAGAGAGGGGCUAUGCAUCUUAUGGAUGGAACACCAUUACAGUUGGAAUAUUUUAUGGUCUGCCAGCAUUUCAACUACUUCUUGCUGAACAGAUGAUUUUGAAUUCCACUGGAGAUCAAGAUACUUGUUAUUAUAAUUUCAAGUGCUCGCGUACAUGGGGAGUCCUCAGUGCCUUCAAUAAUACUUGGAGUAAUAUUGGUUACAUCAUAUUUGGAACCUUUUUCAUAAUAAUAGUUGGAAUCAGACAUUUGUGGAAUCGCAGAGCCAAUGGAAGGGAAGGUUACGAGCCAAUAGGUGGUGAUGAUGAGGUUCAAGUGAGGAGUGCUUUUUGUUUUAGGAAAAGGAAGAAAGAUUAUGGUGUCCCACAAUUCUACGGGAUCUACUAUGCAAUGGGCGUGACUCUAAUAAUGCAAGGACUCAUGAGCUCAUUUUAUCACAUUUGUCCAAACGACAGUAACUUCCAAUUUGAUACAGCAUUCAUGUAUAUAAUCGGUGGGUUACUGAUGCUGAUUAUAUUUCAGGCCAGGCAUCCUGACAUUCACACGAAUGCUUUUGUUGCAUUUCUGAGUUUUGCUGUCAUUAUAGUCCUGACACUUAUUGGGAUUUAUGAAAAUUCUUCACGAUAUUGGUCAACGCGAAUAAUCCUUCUCGUUCUAGUAAUGAUCGCCGUUACUAUUUUUAGCAUUUCGUUCUAUUUUUAUCACGACUGGGGUUUGAACUAUUUUUAUUACUGCAGGAUCUGGGGUAAGGUUCGUCAAUGGUUCAGAAGUUGGUGUCCUUAUAAAAAAUAUAGUCCCAGAGACUUGAUUCGUUUUGUUAAAGCAAUAUCAAUGGUUGUAGUUAAUUUUAUCGUCGGCCUCAUCAUGAUUUUUACAGGAAAAGGUGUGGCUACGAUUAUCCUAGCUCUUUUUGUCGCUAAUUCGUUUUUAUAUAUUACCAUUUAUCUCUUUUCAAAGUUGUAUUUUAAAGAACCGUGGACAAUAAGUCCAUUCAUUUACUUGGUAACAAUUGGUAUUUGCUGGGCGUGUGCUUUUUAUUUUUAUUUUACGAAUGUGGCCCAGUGGGAGAACACACCUGCCAUCUCUAGAGAGGACAACAAAGAUUGCAAGUUACUUGAUUUCUACGAUAAUCACGACAUAUGGCAUUUCUUGUCUUCUAUUGCUCUCUUUUUCUCAUUUUUGUUUGUACUGACAUUGGAUGAUGGGUUGGUAGACACUAGGACUAACAGCAUUCGAGUUUUUUGAACUUUUAAUGAACCUCUAGUUUUUGUAUAUUACUUGUGAAUUUUUUAUGAUUUUGUAUCAUCAUAAUUUUACAGGGCCUUUGGACCAAUUUUUGAGACACUUAAAAA